AUGGCGAAGCGUUUCUAUGCAUACCUCCGUCGUCACACGCGUGCAACGGCUGACGUACCAUCGUUGGAGAUUACCGGUACCCUAGCAGAAACCGAUGUUGACAAGGCGGAAGCUCUUGCGCAACACUUUGCAUUUGUCUACGCCAAGGAUACAUCACCGACCCCUAGACUGUCGUGCUCUGGGCCUCUGCUGUCUUGGCAAGCCAUCUCGGUAGACGAGGUGUGUGAUGCNUCAUCUUCAUCCAUGCACCUCUUCAAAGCUGCAAUAAACAAAUCCUCAUGGUUCAAACCAUGA